UAUAUGCAAUUCCAAUUCACUAGUUUAAGAUAAGGGGUAUGUUUUUUUUUUAUUUAUUUUUCAAAAGAAGAAAUUAAUUCACUCAUGUUCUAGGAGUCAAAAAUGUAAACAAAGCCACCUGUCCAAUUGACGCACUACCUUACCUCAUUGGGGGAAGUCUCAUUUUUACACAUACAUAUCAAUAUCAUUAUAUCAUGCUCUAAGCUUAUCACUCUUUUCACAUUUUGGUCUUAGUCCACCUCCUUUUUAUUGCCGAGUCUAUUGCUCUUGUUCUAAAACGACUUUCAAGUUCAAAAACAACCCCUCUCUCUCUCUCUCUCUUCUUUCUUUUCUUUUUUCUUCUUUUUCUUAAUUAGAUGGACGAAGAAAGACAACUCUCCAUUGGUACUGAUGAUCCAACAAGAACAAGUAACUGCUCGAUCAUUUCUGACCCACCACCUACAAUGAACCCUACGUGGAAGCACGACACCCUCCUCGUGGACGGCUCUUCUGCUGAUCGUCUUCUUAUUAGCUGCUUUACUGAUAAUACACACCAUCCUUCUCAAGCCAUUUCCAAUGGGAAACGAGUGCUUACUGAGAUGGAUUUCUUUGCCCAUCGUAACUUCUCUAAGCAAAAAUCAUCACCCACGGCCGACAUCAUCAUCAAGCAAGAAAUUAGAUAUGAUGGUGAUGACCAUGAUGAGUUAGAGCAUCAAAAGAAGAAACAACAUGUCAACACUGGUCUAAAUCUUGUAACCGGAACUAUGGUCAGUGACAAAUCUAUGGUAGAUGACGGACCAUCUCAAAACAAGCAAGAUUAUCAGCAAAAGAUGAAAGAGCUUGACAUUUUGCAAGCAGAAAUAAACCACAUCAACUCGGAGAAUCAGCGUCUGAGAGGCAUGAUUCACCAAGUAAACAACAACUACCAUGCCCUACAGAUGCAUCUUGGUGCACUUAUGCAGAAUCCUAAGGCUAAAACCGAGAAACAAGAGGAGGUGGUGAAUGAACGGCAUAGAAGAUCUAUUACAGUCGCAAGGCAGUUCCUGGAUCUUGGUAAAGCUGAGAUCGUUGAAUUAAAGAAUGAUCAUCGUAAUUCACAGUCAACGACCGAAGAAAGAUCUGGGGAUUGUUCAAUAUCUCCUAAUAUAGUUGAGUCAAUGGAGAUCAACGAUAAAUCACCGACGCAUAUCAGUAACCCUAUUAAUGGAAAUGCUGAUUAUCAGAGUUCAGAAGCAGCAUUUCAUGGAUGGGUACCAAACAAAGUUCCCAAGUUUAUUAGUUCAAAAGAUGUUAAUCAUGAACAAAAGGAAGAAACCAUGUCCAUGAUCCGCAAAGCUCGUGUUUCGGUUCGAGCAAUAUCUGAUGCAUCCACGAUUUCUGACGGAUGCCAAUGGAGAAAGUAUGGGCAGAAAUUGGCUAAAGGUAAUCCGUGUCCUCGAGCUUAUUAUCGAUGUACCAUGUCAUCUGGAUGCCCAGUUCGCAAACAGGUACAAAGGUCUGUUGAGGAUAGAGCAGUUCUUAUAACAACUUAUGAAGGCCAUCACAAUCAUCCGCUCCCACCAGCUGCAAUGGCAAUGGCAUCUACUACAUCGGCAGCUGCAGCAAUGCUACUUUCAGGGUCUACCUCUAGCCCAGAUGGGCUAGUGAACACAAAUUUAUUAGCAAAAGCAACACCUUACUCAUGCCCACCAGGCUUUGCAUCACUUUCAGCUUCGGCUCCAUUUCCUACUGUAACAUUAGACCUUACUCACACACCUGCCGUUGCCAAUUCCUCGCAAAGAAUUACACAAGAUCAUCAAUUCCAUCUCGCAACUGCACCGCAAUUUUUUGGUCCAGGCCUAUGCAAUCAAGCUAGGGUUUCAGGUAUUUUUAGCCCUCAAGGAAUGGAUCAGCUGCAGCCUACAGAUGUUAGCGCAGCAACAGCUGCUAUCACUUCAGACCCUAACUUCACUGCAGCUCUAGUUGCAGCAAUUACUUCUGUCAUUGGCAAUGUUCAAGCAAACAGUAGUACCAGCAACAGCCCUAGCACAAGAAACAGUAUUGAAAACAAUAUAUAGGCAUGAAUAUUAAGUUGUAACGAACAGUGUAUAGUGCAAUGAGGAAUUUCUUUUUUCAAUAUAUCUUGGUUUUUGGUA